AUGCGGCCGCCGCCGUCCGGGCAUAUGGUGAUCAACAUGAAGACCACCAUCACCACACACGGCGCCCACAAUGGAGUCAUAGUUCAAGCCGGUGUUCACUCCGGCUCACGAACUUUACAAAAUGCACAGUGGUAUGUACCUUCUCGAUUUCCGCAAAUAGAUACACCCGGUAGCACCGCUGUACUGCGAACAAUUGUUCCCGGUGUAAGUCAGGAGAAUCUCGCGGCAAGUUGGCCAACUUUGCACGUUGCUUCUAGCUCUCCGCAGCCAGAACGACAGGCAUCACAGCAAGGAAGUUCACCAUUACCGCCGCGAGCAUCGUUUUCUCCACAGCAGAAUUUAUUAUCACGAGAACAUUCACCAGUGCCGCCACGAAUACCGUCACCGGUAUUUUCAUUUAACAGACAAGAUUCGCCACCAGACGAGUUCAUCCAACCGACAAAGGUUACCCUUAAUGUUUUCAAUCUGGGUCGCCCUGAUCCAGUUCGUUACGAGACGAGCCUUCGCCGUUCGAAUGCAGGAAAUGCUGACGCGGUUAUCAGCGACACCGUUACUACUACCACUACCGUCGAGGUGUUCCGAACACCGUUGGAUCCUGCCAAUCCGGAGCGUUUAGUAGCGUUACCUCCACCUCCAGUUCCAAGCAUUGACGAUCGACCCCAGAUGCUUCGUGUCAAUGGUCCCGCCUAUGAGAAGUGGACCACGCAAAGGAUAGAAACGCUUAUCAACGAUCGUCCGAUACAAACAGCAACGCAUCCAGGGAAAGCGGUUCAAUGGAAGAAGACACUAGUUGAGGAACAGGGAGGGGCAAAGAAGGUUACGGUCUACGAUCCUUAUUCUGGUCCUCGGUCACCGUACAAAAAUGCGAUGACCACACCACAACCUCUAGCAUCCCAUCAGAUCCAACUAGCUACAGCUAUCUUUAAUAACAGAUUACUACCGCAUCACGAGGCAAAUAGAUCUGCAUAUCUCGUCCAGUCGCCGACCGAGUUCUCACAAGUCUCUCAUCCCUUCAUAAUCGGCUCUCAGGACGAUCUUAGCAGGUCAACAUACCGAGAAACCACAAUGCAGCCAAAAGUACCUCACUCGACGAGUGAUUUCCACGAUCUGGCGUGCCAUCCUGCGAUUCCUGACUCAAGCGUAGAUUAUCUUAAUCAACAUGAGACUCCGAUUCUCAAUCAGCCAUCGAAUUCCGGUUACGAACAAGUGCGCCGCGCUGCAAAAACUGUUCCUCAUUCUCCUAAGGAUAGCCGUCCAGAAUGUAGAAACUUCCCCAGUGCACACUAUUUCGAGAAGCACCGCACAUGGUUUGAUAAAGUCACAACAUUACCCCCUGAACGACAUCGUUCGAGACGAUCUCAUAGUUCGUACCGAAGACGACGAAACAACGACGAUGAACUACGUCGACAUCGGCAUCGAAGCGAAUCGCCUGUGGAUCAACGACUGUGCAAAGAUCACAGCACACCGUCCAAGUAUAACAACGCAUCUGCUGGCUUCCAAUCUGUGGAAUACGCUUUGCGUCCGGAUCCCAAUCUUUUACCGGGCGCCGGACCGUUACGAGCGAAAUCGCAAGAGAUUUUCAACCUCUACCAAACACGCGACGCCAUGCAGAACGUCGUCGCGCAAUUUGAUACUGUGGGAUACGGUUAUCAUGACGAUCCAGUUCUAUCGCCACUGGCUGAGUCCGAAUAUUCGCUGAUUUCUGAAGUCUCAACGCGGGCCGAUCGCACUCGCUCUGAUGGUUACCUUCGCCCACUACAUCGCACUACUCGUGCGAAGUUACCGGACGAUCUUUAUGGAGAACUGGAGCACAUCUACGAAGAGCUUGACAAUUACCAGUGCAGGACUGUCGAUUCACCAGAGGAAAGCAUAAGCAGUUCAAUACUAAAAGAAGAAGAUAUCAAUGAGCAGUCCGAAUAUGCUAUUAUCGAUUUUGAGGAAAAGAUCAAUGAGAAUUCCGAUGGAAUGAGCAACCAAAAUGGCGAGGAGUCGGACGAUAAUGAUGUGGCGUCACGGAUUCGUCGGGAAGUAGCAAAUUAUGCGCCUCAAACAUCAAUUCGAGUCCGAAAAGCGCAUCCAGAUGGUCUGGUUUUUCCGAAAAUCACGUCUAUCGUUUCGACAUUACCGGAAGUUCCGGAAGAACUUGAAAUCCUGCCACAAGCACCAAACGGAGAGGGCAUUACCCUUACUUAUAUACCGUAUGCGGACGAACCUUCACGAAUGCCGGAGGAGGAAUUACAGCAGACCGAUUUAUUGACAACUAAAGACGAUUCGAAAGUAGCUGUAAUUAGGACGUCAACGGAAGUGAGGGCAGAUCAGCACAGACUGGUGAUUGAAGGGUGGGAGACGUUGAUUUCCGAUUCAGAUGAGGCUUCCUAA